ACCUGUAUCAAAUAGAGUCAGCGGAAUGAGAGCACAGUUUCAAAGUUAUAAUAUUCGUUAUCUAUUAAAUCGAACAAAAGAUAGAGUGCAAUUUAUUAUUUAAUAAUGCGUCGAUCCGAUCUGCUAUCUAUAAUAUCCGUUUUGGCAACGAAUGAUACAGUUUUCAAAUAUAACCCUGUGAAUAUAUUGUUCCAUUCUUCUUCAAGGCACUUUUGAUAUGAUAAUAAAAAUCGAGGUCAUCUGGACCAUCUCCGCUCAGUUGCGUUGAACAUCUCGGUGUUUUAUCAAAUUUGGGAAUGCGAAGAAUGAAAUAUCAUGGUUUAUGAUUGAAAACAUCUUUUUUGCGAUUACUCGGGUAUUGUAUGGAAAUAUCCAAGUGGACGUUUGUUCAACGUUCCUUUUCUGUUAAAAUUUCCGUUUACAAAGAUAUGGUAUUACGUAGUUUAAACGCGUGAAUCUAACCUAAUACAGUAUUGGAAAACAUCUCUUGUAUCUGUCAGUACAAUGUUGUUGCGAACGUACAAGUGGGCAUUAAACUGCCAAUUUAAACAGCUUGCUCGUAAUUUUGGAAUAUUAAAGCAUCAACCAGCUCUUGGAUUUGAACAUCAUGUUGCUAAACUGCCGAUAAUACAACAUGUUAGAUGUAAAUCUAACACUCCAAUGAAUACCAUUAUACUAUUUGUUCCACAACAAGAGGCAUGGAUUGUUGAAAGAAUGGGAAAGUUUCAUAGGAUUCUAAACCCAGGGUUAAACAUUCUUACACCAAUAAUUGAUAGAAUUAAAUAUGUUCAGUGUCUCAAAGAAAUAGCUAUAGAAAUACCUCAACAAAGUGCUGUUACCUCAGAUAAUGUAACAUUAAAUAUUGAUGGUGUAUUAUACUUAAGAGUAGUUAAUCCAUUUCUGGCUUCAUAUGGUGUUGAUGAUCCUGAGUUUGCCGUAGUUCAAAUAGCUCAAACUACAAUGAGAUCUGAGCUAGGAAAAAUACCUUUGGAUAAUGUAUUCAGAGAAAGAGAAGGGCUCAAUGUUUGUAUCGUUGAGAGUAUAAAUAAAGCAAGUGAAGCUUGGGGAAUAGCUUGUCUAAGAUAUGAAAUACGUGACAUAAGACUACCUCAGAGAGUACAAGAAGCAAUGCAAAUGCAAGUGGAAGCAGAACGCAAGAAGAGAGCUGCAGUUUUAGAAUCAGAAGGAACUAGAGAAGCAGAAAUAAAUAUAGCAGAAGGAAAACGUUUAGCGCAGAUUCUAGCAUCCGAGGCUAUAAAACAAGAAGAAAUAAAUAAGGCGGUUGGUACUGCACAGGCUUUAGUGGCCAUUGCAGAAGCACGUGCAAAGAGUUUAAAACUUGUGGCAAAUGCUCUCAAUAUGACAGAUGCAAAAAAUGCAGCAGCAUAUAGUAUAGCAGAACAAUAUGUCAAAGCAUUCAACAAAUUGGCAAAGGUCAACAAUACUUUGAUCUUGCCCAGUAAUGUUUCUGAUGUGUCUUCCUUAGUAACACAAGCAAUGACGAUUUAUAAACAAGUUAUGUCUCAGCCUACUUUAGAUAAUCCUGAUGCAAAAGAGAACAAAGAUGCUCUCAGUGUUGAUGACUCAGACGAAUCUUUCGAAUAUUUCAGUGACAAAGAAGAAGCAGAGAAGCACAGAAGCAGCAAAAUAAAGCAAAAUCCUAAAGUAUUGUAAAAUAUUUAUACAUAACAUAAAUAUAUUUUGAUUUUUACUAUGUAUCUUU